GCUGAAGUCCAGCACAGUUGUCUCCGGCACUGAGUGGUAGAGCACAGCGGUAAAACUUCCUUUAAAGUUUGUGGCAAAAGGUGUUGGAAACUUUCAAAAUGAAGACGUUUGUAAUUUUAUUAAGUUUUCUUGUCUGCUGCGUAACAGCAGGACGUUUGGGUUUGACUCAAAAACUUUUAUGGCUGGACUCUGUACGCCAAGGACAACAGGCUGCCCCACUUAGUGAGACACCAUUAUCGGCUUAUUAUGACAACAAUAAGAAGCUAUUUGAUUCUUUAGAUCAAGGUUACACAUCUCAAGGUACGAACGAGCGUCAACAAUUCCUGCUUGAUGUCCUGCUUCAGGUUCAAAAGCCCUUAGUGAACACACAACUCAUCGGACUCGGUCAGAUAUUGGUGACAGAUCCCAAUAAGUAUGUAUUGCCAAACGAUGAAAUUCUACAGCAGUUUUUGCAACAAACCAGCAAUCAGAAUAUUCUGGGACGCAAUGAUGUCUACAACCCAGUCGAUAUGUCAGAUAUACGUCAAUUGGUGGGACUUCAACGUUUCUUUGUGCUAGCCCAGGACUUCACCGUUUUCCAAAAGAAUGUUGUUUACGCGCGCCUUUAUUUCAACCCCGUCAUGUUUGUGGAUGCUCUGUCGCUAGCGAUACGUGACCGUGCAGAUACCCAGGAUCUUGUGAUGCCACCAAUGAACGAGAUCUUACCACAGCUGUACUAUGACAACUAUGUCCUCAACUCUGCACAAAAUGUCGACUAUUACAACUUGAUUAGCCAGGCAACUCGUACAAAUGCAAAGCACAGUCUAUUCGAUGUGUUCGGCUUGGGUGGUUUUGGUUCAUUAUUUCAAGUACGUAAAUAUGGGCUGUUCAACCCAUGGCAACAAAGACGUGUGGAAAUAGCAAACGGCCGUGCUAACAGUGAAAUACAGGCUCAAAUUACUUUGCAAGUGGGGGAACAAGGUGGAGUCUCAACUGACCUAACAAAUGACAUUGAACUCAAUGUGGCAUUUAGCAAUAUUAUCAUCGAUCAACUGGCGCAAACAGUCACUGAGGUCAUUGAAGGAGAACAACAUAUUGGCGGUAUAGGCAGCAAUCAACAAAAGUACCAACAAGGGCAGUACUACCAACAAGGAGAAGGAUCAGACAGUGGUAUUGGAGUAGGUUAUCGGGUUCGCCGAAACAAGCAAGACAUUUAUGAAGGUCAGACCAAUGGUGAAUCCUUGGAUAUACUAGAAGGCAUCAAUGCUGUGUCAAAGCAAAAUGUCGUAAACGCCAACGAAUUGCCCCAAGUGGAUGUUAACAGCCAACACCUUCUGCGUGUCGGACGUAGACAUCGUGGAAAUACUCCUUAUGGUGGAUACUCAAAUUACGUCAACCCUUUCUAUCGCCAACAAAAUCAAUAUAGUUACAACGAUCAGGAAAACGCUUAUGAACGUGGACAAAACCAAGGAACUCAAUAUGGUUACAACAAUCAGGCAUAUGGUUCAUCUUAUGCUCAGCCCAACAGACGUCAACAAAGUCAGGGAGCACAAUAUGGUUCCCCUUAUGGUUACAAGGAUCAGGAAUACGGUUCAUAUUAUGGUAGCCCUUAUGGACACCAGCAAAAUCAGGGAUACUUUUAUGGUCGUGGUCAAAAUCAAGGAGCUCAAUAUGGUUACAACGAUCAGAAAUACGGUUCUUAUUAUGCUGCUCAGCCUUAUGGACGUGAACAAAGUCAGGCAGCUCAAUAUGGUUCAUCUUAUGGUUACAAGGAUCAGGAAUACGGUUCAUAUUAUGGUAGCCCUUAUGGGCACCAGCAAAGUCAAGGGGCCCAGUAUGGUUACCAAAAUCAGGGAUACUCUUAUGGCGCUCGUCAAAACCAAGGAGCUCAACACGGUUCAUCUUAUGUUGCUCAGCCUUAUGGCAGUCAACAAAAUCAAGAAGGUCAAUAUGGUUCACCUUAUGGUUACAAGGAUCAGGAAUACGGUUCAUAUUAUGCCAAUCCUUAUGGACGCCAACAAAAUCAGGGAGCUCUGUAUGGCUACCAAAAUCAGGGAUACUCGUAUGGUCGUGGUCAAAAGCAAGGAGCUCAAUAUGGUUACAAGAAUCAGGAACAAGGUUCAUCUUAUGCUAAUCCGCUUGCGCGUCAACAAAAUCAAGGAACUCAAUAUGGGUACAAGAAUCAGGAAUACGGUUCAUCUCACGCCAGCCCUUAUGGACGACAACAAAAUCAAGAAGCUCAAUAUGGUUACAGGAAUCAGGAAUACGGCUAUGGCGCUAAAGGACCACAACAAUUGCAAUAUCAACGUCAACAACAGCAGUCAUAUCGUGUGCAGCCAUAUGGACAGGAAGAUGUUGUCAGUGUUAAUGAUGUGACCGCGGAUAAUGAUGAUGAAACUGUGGUGGCUCGUCAGGUACGUGACACUGGUAACCGUGGAGAAAGUGGCAGGCGUAAUCGAGGUCACGACUCCAAACGCCACAAUUAUCACUACACAGAACAGUAUCGUGAGCUCGAAAGUUUGCGUGGUGAAAUCGUCCGCAGCAUUGCUGCAACUCAGCAAGUGAGAUACUCUCGUCGCGGGGAAAUACUCUUACAAAGCAUACAAGAGUUGGCUGCUAGGUUGAAUAUGCAGCAAAUUGUUGAGAUCAUUGAAGGAGGCCGUAGCCAGCAACAACAACAGCAAUACCUGCAGAUACAACAGGAAAUCGGUCAAAUCAUGCAGCAACUGCGAAUACUCAUUGAUCAAGUCACUCAAGAGGCGGGCAUAAGCGAAGGAAGCGAGGCAACUCUUGAUAUAGUUGCCAGUAUUAUUAAUGGUAAGAUCAUACUCGAGCAACGGCAACUGUCCAUUGCAGCACAAAGUACAUUGCAAGAGUUGCAACAGCAGAUACAGCGUGUCGUCGGAAAUCAAGUUGCUCAAGUGAAUGAGGUAACCCCACUCGUCUUGCUGGCCGGCAACUUACGCAAUCCGGUUACUCAACAAACCAUUCUUUCGCUUGCCCAGCUGAUCGAUGAGUACCGUCAGGAAUUGCAACCAUACACCAAGAACCAAUUGGGCGGCAAUGGUGAUAUUGCUGUGCGUAAUAUUUUGAUCGAUCCUUUGGUUACCUACACUGAAGUGGUGGAUGCCGACCUUGUCAAUCUUAUCGACCAACAGCUAUUGCAGUCAAACACCAACAACCUGCAGCGUCUGAGCCAGAAAGUGGUGGCCCGUCAACAACGUUUGAAUUAUGAACCAUUCACCAUUUCAAUGAACAUUGAAUCCGAACUUCAACAGGAUGUUAGCAUUCGUAUUUUACUUGGCCCACAAGUCGAUUACACCGGUCGUCCCGUAUCUUUGGCACAAAACCGUCAGAACUAUAUUGUCAUUGACGCUUUCGUAAAACAAUUGCAGGCCGGCGAGAACAACAUCCAACGCUACUCACGUCAAUUUAACGGAUACAACAACGAAGUUUCCACCAUUAGUGAAAUUUAUCGUCAGGUAAUAACUGGACAGAAACAACAGCAACAGUCUGGUACUAAUAGUCAGCUUCCCCAACAUCUUUUGCUGCCACGUGGGACUACUAUUAAUGGAGGUUUGCCAGUGCAGAUAAUGGUUGUAGUGACUCCAUUGACUCAGCAAGAUCGCUUUUUGCUUGGAGAGGGUGUCAACGCACAACAAAUCAGUGGUGUUGGAAUCGCUGGAAUAGGCGUCGACCAGUUGCCGCUGGGCUAUCCAUUGGACAGGCAAAUCGUAGAUGAGCAGAGUCUAAAUGUACCGAAUAUUUUGGCAACCGAAACUGUGAUACAGUAUGACAGUCGUACUCGGGCUUGCGAUAAGCUUAUGAAGUGUCAGUCGAAAAUUGAAGAAAUCGACGAGGAAGACAUAGUCCGUGAGGAGUUAGAGGACCUAAUAGUGGAAACUAAGGCCGUUAUAAAAUUUAUUCUGGCGAGAAAUAAAUCGUCAAUAGCCGAAACAUCUUUUGUUGCACCUCACAGCUCGCGACUACCGAAAAUGUCGCCACCUAAAUUUAAAGAGGAAUAUUCAGAAUUAAAAAAUUUUAUAAUUCUGUUCGAGAGUUUAGUGCACAACGAUCCUACAAUCCCAGACAUUGAGAAAUUUAAUCACUUGGUUAACUGUCUGUCUGGUGAAGCUUUGGGAACGGUAAAGGCCUUCCAAAUGUCGGACGAAAAUUAUUCGAAGGCGUUGGCUAUUUCCAAACUUUUUGAACUGCCAACUAUCCCAAAGCCAUCUGCGCUUUCAUUGCACACAAUGAUCGAUACAGUGUCGGCUGUUUACGACUCGUUGCUGUCGUUAGGUGACGAGGAAAACAUCAUAAUUCAUCUGGUAAUGUCGAAAGUUGACCCCGUUACUCGGUCAAAGUGGGAGGAACAGUUGGAUUAUGAUAAGCUGCCAUUAUGGUGUAAGUGUGAGGCAGCAUUAAAUAAACGCUACCAACAUCUAUCUGCCGAUAAAGCCUCAACGUCGAGGCUAAAGCCGUCAAUCAGUCACAGCAUACAGAAACCCCACCUUCAUGCGGAAAGGACAAAAGCUGCCUUAGUGACUUCAAAUAUAAAACAGCCGGUGUGUCCAUACUGUCAAUCAAAGGAUCAUAGUACACCCGCGCGUUCAUUGGACGCCGAGGAAUGCCGCCGAAUAUAUACAGCGACAACGCCACCAACUUCGUCGGCAGUGAAGUCCGCCAAACAUCUUCUCGUGCGCGCAAUCGGCAACGCGCUGCUCACUGCCGAAGAACGCUGCUCGUCGAGAGUUGUCCAAGUUCUCAACAUUUCGAACAGUUCAAGUAAUAUGAAGAGGUUUAUCUUAACACUGAGCUGCUUGAUCAGCGCAGUAUCAGCCGGUGUGCUGGACUCUCCUGGUAGGCAAAGUGAAGGUAGUGUGGAUCGGAAUAAAAACAACAUUAGGAGUAUUGGCACGCAGCGCCUUUCUCAAAUGACUCAUGAAGACCUGGUGCAUCAGAAGUUUUUACUAGACAUUCUCCAACACGUCAAUGAGCCCAUCAACAACGACGAAGAACUCCCACAAAUUUCAGAAUUUCAAUUGGAACAGCUUGCGGGCGAUCAGCAACUUUAUGACGGGGGCAUCGAUAACCAAAUGGCCAAUGUGAUCGAAAUGAGUCGUAGCCAAGAGUUAUUGAGCAAAGAAGAAGUGUUCAAUAUAGCCAAUGAUGAACAUAUGCAUCAAAUGGUUGGGCUGUAUCGUCUCUUCGUCCGUUCUCGCGACUGGAAUACUCUACAGCGAAAUAUACUCCACGCUCGCAUUCAUGUGAAUGGUGUUCUCCUGGUCAACUCACUGCUCUUAGCCAUCAGAGAUCGAGAUGAUUCUCAGAACUUGCUUAUACCUGGUAUACAUGAAAUUUUACCCGAACUUUAUCUAAACGAAGCUGUAGUCCAGGGUACUGGAGACAUUGAUUUGAAUCAGUGGACUAAUUCUCGCCCGAAUAUAGAAACUGAUCACACGAGCAUACUAGAAAUGAUUGGAAGAAAUAAACUUUUGAAUAGAAAAACUCAUAGAGUGGGUUCGAUGAUGGACUGGAAACAGUUAUGGAUGCCGUGGCAUGAAAUGCGAAUGCAGAUUCAAGCGCAAAAAGUUGGUGGUGUGAACGUUCCCAAGCGCAUUUGGAUUCGUGAUGACGAUCGUAUUGUCUUGCCAGUAAUACCGCCGAUAAAUCUUGUGAGUAAGGAAAGAGAGAUUCGACUACUUACAGAAGAUGUUGGUUUUCAAUCGUUUUUGCACUUCUUUAUUAAUGAUUUGUGUAUAAAUGAGAACGAAGUCAUGGAACAAAACAGACAGCAACCAGCCAUGGGAUUAAAUAAUGCUAACUUGGCUCGAAUUGGCUUGGAAAGAAACGUAGGAUCGAUGUUAGAAAAUGAAAUUCGACAUCGCAAUGACGAAGUUAACGAUGAAUCUAUGAGAAAUACCGACUCUGUGAUCACCAAUACCAGCAAAGACCAAGUUUUAAACAUUGGUAGUCGUAGGUGGUCCAAAACGAAUGCCGACAUCCAUACGCUUAGUAGCGCUAAUUCGGCAAAAGGAGUCAUGAAUCAUGAACAAGCAACUGACGAUCAAUCUUCCAACCCUCGCUGGCAGCAACAGGUAUCGUCAUUAUCGGGCGACAUUAGAGAUCGAUUUGUAGGAGCCCAACCUCCUACAAUGGUCAUUGACGACGUUAAUGAGCGUCAAGUCUUCAAUACUAAUAUGAAUAGCAAAGAUGAAGGCAAAGUGAGCCUUGACAUGGAUGUCGGUAUGGGAAUGCCAAUGGACUGGAACAGACAAAUGGCUAUGCAUCGACAAAGGGUUAACCAUGUUCAGAAGAAUAAAUUGGACAAGAAUUUGCCAGAAAUUGAUAUCAACGAUGAGCGCUUAUUGCACGUCAGCCGUCGACGGCUCAAUCAGUUAAAGUGGUCCAUGGAGCAAAAAGAACGUCAACAGCAGACUGAAGUUGACGAAAGAGGUAGCCCCAGAGUCAAUACGCAAUGGCUGCCACUUGAUAGGUUCAGUGGAAACGGGUUAAGUGCAAUCCGAUACAAAGUUAUUGAUGCUGCGAUUCGAAAUGAAAGACAUGUAGAAAAUCCAAGGAUAUGGGCGACGGUUGCUCGUGGUAUGGGAAACAUUGGAAUUCAUGUAGGGCCCCAGUUUCGCAAGCAAAGUGGAAGCAAAAGUGAUGAAAAAGAUGGUGGGGCGGUAAAUAACGGCCGCCGUCCAAUUAUUCACUGGGACAAUGAGCGUGACCUUAGCACACAAAAUGCUGAGGUUAGAACAGGAACCGAUAUGUCGCGCCAACGUACCCGUCGCAGUAUUAAAAUCGGUGAGGUUGUGAACCGUCAACGCAACGUCGAGCAAGCACGUGGAGGAGAGUUGCUAUUGCAUAACCUUCAACAGUUAAUAGCUCGAAUCAAUCUGGAGCAGAUUUCUCUUGGUCUAAAUGAUGCACUUCCCUCCCGCUUUAACACACAACGUCUCACAAACGCUGCAGAUGAACGGUUCGCGCUGCGCUUAAACGAUAUGCGGCAGAACAACCGCCGCCAACGAAUAUUCCUCGAUAGAAUCAAUGAAGUUGAAAAGCGUCUAAAUUUGAUAAUAGAGCUGGAAAUCGCUCGCACCAUUGAAUCUAAGCGAGUGACAGCUGUUCGCAAUAACGGCGAUAUCGAUCGCAUUAUUGGGAACGCCCUUAUGGGUAAAGGGGUCCUCGGCAAAGAUGUGAGCAUUUUGAACGUUUUGCGUGAGAUAAACUCCCAGACUGAGGACAUUAAUGGCGACAUUCAGAAAAUAACUCUUGUUACUAUGAAUAUAAGGGAUCCAAUUGUAUUACACUUACUGCGUCGGAUAGUGCGCAUGGCUGAUUUACAACGGCAACAAGCGCUAGGCAGCUACCGCAAAGAAGAAAUUGAAAUGUCUGGAGUUGCCAUCAAUGAUGUUGAAGUUGGCCGGUUACGGACCUAUGUUGACACCACCGAUGUGGAUCUCAUCAAUGCUCUCGAUGCGAAGCACACACUCACUCCCAAUCAGGGCCCAGCGAACUCUCAACGAAUGCUUGUUACACGUCAACAACGUCUGAACCACCAAACGUUCACCAUCAACGUUGAUGUUACCUCAGAUCGCAAUCAACGCGUAGUCGUGCGUACUCUUCUAGGGCCGAAGACUGGUGUCAAUGGUCUUGGCUUAAAUGACCAACGUCAAAAUUUUAUCUUGCUGGAUACUCAGGUAGUUGAUCUUCACAACGGGCACAACCAGAUUACACGCAAAUCUGGCGACAUCAACUGGACCUCACGCGAUACAACUCCAUUUACCGAAGUUUACAAGCGCGUCUUGCAGGCUCUCAAUGGUCAAAUGAACAUAAUCUCAGAUCAGUUACAAGGACAAACUUGUCGCUUCCCUCAUCGCCUACUGCUGCCACGCGGUAGAGUCAAUGGAUUGCCUAUGCAAAUGCUUACUGUUAUCACACCAGUGGAAAAUGGCGCCCCUACAAGACAAGCUCUUGAGAUGAGUAAUAGAAUCUGCGGUUUUGGAAUGAGCAAUCUGAAUACGGACCGACAGCCACUAGGUUUUCCGCUGGAUCGCCCCUUGCAGGACAUGCAACAGAUUACAUUACUGCCCAAUGUGCAUUUAAUGGACGUUCAGAUCUACCACGACAAUCAGUUAAAAACCCCAUAGCUUAAUGAAUGACUUAGAGAAUAUAUUGAACGUUAACGGUUGUAUCGACAUUGUCAAUUCCGAAAGCUGGAACCGAAUAUGCUUGAAAUGUGAUUAUACACAAAUACAUGCAUAUAUAUAAUAUGUAAAUAUGUAUUUGUGUAUGUAUGUAUGUAAUAAGUAUGUAAUUGUCUUUAAUUGAUUUUUUAAUAAAGAAAUAAUUUUCUACUGCAAAA